CAGUCUAUCGGGGACUGGUCAUGGCAACCUCCACAGUCAUUCUGCUCGUCUUUCUACUGGGCACGCUUAGCACAGUCCAGUGUCAGCAUGAAGAGACAAAACCAGGGCUUGUUGGGAACAGUGGCCACAUAGACAGCAUCCCUGUGAACUACACCGUGUCCGCUCUAAUCGAAAGGGCCAACAAGAAUGCAGGGCAGGAACUUGAUGAUCCGGAGAUCACGGAGGGUGAUAUUGCCGUGUACACUGGGCUCCAGAAUGCUGACCCUUGCACCUCCCGUGGCUGCAAAUGGCGUCGCUCCAGUGAUGGCAAUGUCUAUGUUCCAUACGUCAUCGCCAAUCAGUACUCCCAAAGGGAGAAGGCCACCAUUGAGAAGGGCCUGCAGUCUUUUGCCCAGUCCACCUGCAUCCGCUUCAGAGCACGCAAAAAGGAGAGAAACUUUGUGCACAUCCAGUCACGCGGAGGGUGCUGGUCCUAUGUCGGGCGUAGAGGUGGAGGACAGGUGGUGUCCCUGGCUAGGAGGGGGUGUGUUUACCACAAGGUAGUCCAGCACGAGCUGCUGCACGCCCUGGGCUUCAACCACGAGCAGACACGCAGCGACCGUGACUCACACGUCCGUAUUAUCUAUCAAAACAUCAUGAGGGGACAAGAGCACAACUUCAGGAAGAAAAAUACCAACAACCUGGGUACUCCCUAUGACUACGGCUCAGUCAUGCAUUACAGUCAGAAUGCAUUUUCCCGCAACGGGAAGCCCACCAUCGUCCCCAUUCCGGACCCCAAUGUGGCCAUCGGGAAGGCCACCGAGAUGAGCCGCUGGGACAUCAUGCGAGUCAACCGCCUUUAUAAAUGCAAACAGUAGCAUCAUCGCUCACCCCACAGCCUUACUGCACUAUACCAUUAAACAUCUGUAUUCACAGUAUUUGUAUGUGGAGUAGUGAGUAUGUGGAGUUGUACUGUAUUUCAAGAAACUUUCAAGAGAUGAGCUGCGUUUUUUUGCUUUCUGUUUUUUUCCAGUAUGAAUAGGGCCAUAGCUGGCAACAUGAACACAUCGCUCCAGGCCUUAACCUAUAAGAAGUGGCUUUUCCAGCUCAAUAGCAUAAAUUAAUGCAGAAUGUUUGAAUAAACAGUUUAAUUCUGUGUUUCUUCCUGGAAGGUUUUGUAGUCUAAUACUACAACUACAUCAACCAAAACCUUUAUGGCAUGAAAUUAUUCAAUUGUAAAGCCUUUAAGCUGAAGCCAAUAAAGUUGCUUUAAGUGAAAUCUGAA